AUGUGCACCACCGACGUUUACACCAACGUCUACCCCGACGGCCGGAGGAGCGAGUACCAGCAACCGACCUUGUGCUCUGCUUCCCGCAACGGCCACCUCUGCGCCAACCCCGUCAUCUACAACCACCCGCCGCGCUCAGUAGGCUAUCCUUCACCAAUGCCCAUGUACGCUGCUGCCGGUCCCUCGUACGCGUUUCCCCAGCAGAUGCCGCCCUCGCCUCCCAUGAGCUCACCCCGAGGCACUUCUUCGGGUAACGAGGGAGACCGCACUCGUCGGGAGUCUUCCUCAAGCGAGAGGAAGCACCGCCAAUCUGGAGUAUACGUGAACGGCCAAAGGGUCCUGGACCUCAAUCGCAAGCACCGCUCGCGCAACGAGCGCAUCGUUAUCGUCGACUCUCCACCCACCCCCCGCACACCACCAAAGCAGUUCGCUUCGCCUUACACGGCGCCGCCCUCUCCCAAUGCAGGCGGAGAGAACCCUCAGUUUCGCUACGGCCACAUCCGUCGUGACUCUCUUCGCCCUGUCAUCGUCGACGAGCGCCCGCGGUCCAAGGUCGAGAUCGAGGUCAUCGACAACAAGCACCACCGCCACCACUCUUCCGAAUCGCGCAACAGCCAUGCCAGUGCCGAAGAUGAGGAGCGCCGCCGCCGCCGCCACGAGCGCAAGGAGCGCGAGCGUCAGCAGGAGGAGGAGGAGCGCCAGACUCGCAUCAACUUACAAAUUGCCGCUCAGAACGCCAAGAUCGCCAGCCGUACCGCCGUCCCCGUCCCUCACGCGCCGUUGAAACGCACUUCCACUGGAUACGGCCGCACGUUGGCAGACCAGCAAUACGAACAGGACUUGGCAGACGCUGUCAGACGAUUGGAGAUUGCCGAGCGUCUUGCCGCUGAUCGACGGGCUCGUGAGGCGCGAGAGCAGGAGGACGAGGCCGAGGCCCAGCGCCGCCGGUUGAUGGAGCGGAUGAUGCCCCGCCGGCGGGCCACGGUGGGGCCGGGUAGCCGGAGGCACCGGGUUCUCUACGAUGAUGGCCUUUACCGAUGGGAGUAA